GUGUGUUUGAUGUGUGGAUGCAAUUGAAUGUAAUUUAAUCGUUGAUUCAAUUAUUGUGACCAAAAUGUUACAUUUGAAGAGCGAUUUGAUUAGAUUUUGGAAGUAUGAAGAGGCGGACGACACGAUCGAAGGCGAGACGGAGGAGUCGAGUGAGAAGAUAAAGCAUCAAAAGGGACGCAAACCUAAGCGAAAAGCGCACAAAGCGUUGUCCACUGACGACAGUCUG